GCGUUUUUUGCAUUGAGGAAAUAAAUCAAACGGAUAAAAAAAAUUCACGAGGCAACUGUCAACUGAUAUGUUUUGAUUAAUAAAGUAUCAAAAUUGUAGGCAGACAUUAAAGCAUACCUCCCAUUCCAAAAUCUCAGUUAUUGAGAGAUAUGCAAGAUGGAGUAUUUGUCAGCCAGUGUCCUGUGUUUCCUCCUCUUCUUGAUGACAUUGUUGGCAACAGGGAGGAAACCCACCAGUUCAAGAAAGCUGCCGAGCGGUCCAACACCGUUACCUAUCAUCGGAAACUUGCUUCACCUCGGUGACAAACCUCAUAAGUCACUGGCCAAGCUUGCCAAGAUUCAUGGCCCUAUAAUGAGUCUUAAGCUCGGUCGGAUAACAACCAUAGUCAUUUCUUCCGAAACUUUCUCUAAGGAAAUUCUACAAACGCAUGAUAUGCAUUUAGCUGAUCGGACCGUCGGUGAUGCUAUCUCCGCUUGUGAUCACUAUGAAGUCAGCUUGCCUUUUCUACCAGUUGGGCCGUUGUGGAGAAAACAGAGAAAAAUAUGCAACUCUUACAUUUUUUCCAGUCAGAAACUUGAUGCCAACCAAAAUCUCCGGAGCAAGAAAAUACAAGAUCUCAUUGCUGAUGUUCAAGAAUGUUGCUCUAGUGGUAAGGCGAUGGAUAUUGGUGAAGAAGCUUUUAAAACUACGCUUAAUGCCUUGUCAAAUACUAUUUUUUCACUGGAUUUGACCGAUUCGAACUCGGAAAAAGUACGCGAGUUCAAGGAGGUUGUGAGAUGCAUUAUGGAUGAGGCAGGAAAACCAAAUUUAUCGGAUUAUUUUCCAUUACUCAAAGGGAUUGAUCCGCAAGGUGUAAGGGGUAGAAUGACAAUCUAUAUGAAGAAGAUACUAGGUCUAAUUGACGGUCUGAUUAAUGAAAGAUUGAAGCUAAGGAAAAAUGAGGGCUACAUCCCAGCAAAUGACAUGCUAGAUACACUUCUUGACCUCAGUAAUGAAGAUGAUGGUUUGGAUAACUAUUGCAUCAAACAUCUGUUCUUGGUUCUAUUUGCUGCUGGGACCGAUACAACUUCAAGCACAGUAGAAUGGGCUCUGACAGAACUACUCCGUAACCCUACGACCUUGACGAAAGCUCAAGCUGAGAUAGAGCAGACCAUUGGCAGAGGCAAAUUGCUGCAAGAAUCACAAAUUGAUCAUUUACCUUAUCUAAAAGCAGUUGUUAAAGAAACUUUAAGAUUGCAUCCAUCAGUUCCUCUCUUACUCCCCCGGAAAGCGAAAUCAGAAGUAGAAAUAAUGAAUGGCAUUACAAUUCCAAAAGAUGCUCAAAUUCUGGUGAAUGUUUGGGCUAUAGGGAGAGAUCCAAAUCUUUGGGAUGAUCCAGAAUCGUUUCAGCCGGAGAGGUUUUUAGGGUCGGAUGUUGAUGUUCGAGGUCGACAUUUUAUGCUCAUCCCAUUUGGCGCUGGACGGAGAAUUUGUCCGGGAUUAUCGUUGGCUAUGAGAAUGUUAUACUUGAUGUUGGGAUCACUCAUUAAUUGCUUUGAUUGGAAACUUGAAGAUGGUGUUAAACCAGAGAACAUAGAUAUGGAAGAUAAGUUUGGCCUCACUUUACAAAAGGUUGAGCCCAUGCGAGCUAUCCCUAGCUUAAGAAUGUGAGAUAUUAUAAUAAUCAUGAUGGGUGUUUUAACUCAUAGUAAUCGAUCAUUAUGAGGAGUUUAUUGAUCAAUAUUAUUUGUAUUGGGAUGCUAUAUAAUUCACUAUUUUCUUUUUAGUUAAAAUGUCAGAAAUUAUUAUGUUA